AUGCGUGUAGUCUGGAUAUUUCUCCUAUUCAUUGAGGAGGGAUUUGCUCUGGCACAAAAGACUAAAGAUGGAGGUGCAGGAUCAAAAGGGGUCAAACCCUCUCAACGGCCGCAGCAUCACUGUGGAAACUGGGUACGAAACACAGAUGGUGGAAGCUUCAGCUCCCCAAACUACCCCCAUACAUACCCUCCCAACAAGGAGUGCCUGUACGUACUGGAAGCCCUGCCCCGCCAGAGGAUAGAGCUGCUGUUUGAUGAGAACUUCUACAUCGAGGCCUCAUUUGAGUGUCGUUUCGACCACAUCGAGGUGCGGGACGGCCCCUUCAGCUUCUCGCCGCUCAUCAAUCGCUUCUGUGGCUCGGCCAGUCCCAGACUCGUCCUCUCUAGCGGACGCUUCAUGUGGAUCCGCUUCUUCAGUGAUGAAGAGCUGGAGGGGAUUGGCUUCCAGGUCCAGUACAGCUUUACUGCAGAUCCUGAAUUUCAUUUGCAUGUGGGAGGACUCUUAAACCCCAUCCCAGAUUGUCAGUUCGAGCUGACUGGGCCUGACGGCCUGAUCCGUUCCAGUCAGGUGGAGGAGGAGUAUAAAGUGAAGCCAGACCAGGCAGUGGACUGCAUCUGGACUAUACGGGCACCAACAAACAACAGGAUUUACCUGCGAUUCUUGGAAUACCAGAUGGAAAACUCAAAUGAAUGUAAGAAGAACUUUGUGGCUGUUUAUGAUGGCAGUAAUGCCAUUGAGGACCUAAAGGCCAAGUUUUGUAGUACAGUAGCUAAUGACAUCAUGCUGGAUACUGGUGUGGGGGUAGUGAGGAUGUGGGCUGACGAGACAAGCCGUCUCAGCCGUUUCCGGAUGCUGUUCACUUCUUUUGCUGACCCACCCUGUGCAGGCAGUGCAUUCUUUUGCCACAGUAACAUGUGCAUCAACACUACUCUGGUGUGCAACGGCAUACAAAACUGUGUCUUUCCCUGGGAUGAAAGCAACUGCAAAGAAAAAAAGAGCAAAGGUGUUUUUCACCAGAUCACAAAGACUCAUGGCACAGUAAUCUGUGUGUCUACGGGAGUGGUGCUACUGCUCCUUAUCGUCUCCAUACUGGUGCAAGUCAAACAGCCACGAAAAAAGGUAUUGGUACGUAAGAAUAACCUGUUCCACCGGGGCGACUUCCAGGAGGUGUUUGACCCCCCACAUUAUGAACUCUUUACUCUCAGAGAUAAGGAGAUUUCUGGGGACCUCGGGGAAUUAUCAGAGGAACUCCAGUCCCUGCAGGCGCUCAGAAGAUCCUCAUCAGGCUCACGCUGCAUUCACGAACACCACUGUGGCUCCCAGGCUUCUGUCAACUCCAUCAAAGCCAGUCUAGGUGCACAUGGCAUGGGCCGGGGAUCUAUGGAGCUUCCCCCUUUCAGAGGGGACUGCCAGAACACCUUACCUCCCCUCAGGGACUUUAACAAUAGUCUGCGGAAGAAGAGCUGGCCUAGUAUGAAACCAGGCCGAAUGCAGGGCCAUCAUGGUGUGGGGGAUAGGGCACUGGGGCGGCAGGAUAGAGUGAUGGAAGAGGAUGAAGAGGAGGAUGAAGAUGGAAGGUAUGAUGUGUAUGUACGCAGAGCAGGAAGCCGAAGAGGGAACUUUGAAAUGGCCCAGCAAAGAUCCUUGUCUAUGGACUUCUGAAAAGAAAGGUUGGCACGAUAAAUACUGCAGCAACAACUUUUCAAUCAGUGCCACAGUUUGGGGGCAGAACUCACAAUUUAACACCACAGAGCGGAUAUGUCUCACUUAACUUCUUCAUAAUGAAAAUAAUUAUAAAGAAUUUGUCCUUGACUUCUCAUUUUUCGCUUGCAACCUUCUCAGUGAGGUUAGAAAAAUGUAGGAUGUGAUACAGAGCAGUGCUCCAGGAGCUUCAGCACUGCCAACCCGGCUUGGACACUGCGACAGUUGACAGGGAGCUGUUAUUGUGUUUGUGAUCAGUGUAAAAGUGAAGAAAGAUGAUAAUGCUCUGUAUUGCUGUUGUUAUCAGUGUAUUUUGUAAAAUAUAUUUUACUGUAAAGCAAAUAGAUUUUGUUGAAAUAUGUUUUCAGUUAGU